AUGUGGAUCUUAUCAUUUUGGCUGUUUCCCGUUAUCUCAGGCUGCAUGUGGCUAGGUAUGAGUUGGGCGGCGGAUGGGAAGCCCAUAUAUUCCACGAUGACUGACGGAUUGACAAUUCCAUACAUCUCGCAUAUCGGUGCCGAAGGACUCAAGCCUUUGUUUAUUGCAGGCAGUGCAGUUACAGGCGUCUUCCUCGACUUAGCUCUCCUUUCAGAGCGCUGGCUACGGCAUUCAGGUCAACUCGCUCCAAACAAAGGGAAAUUUGACAAAACUUGCGCGGUCGGAUCUAUCAUAUUCUCCUUCACUGGCGCUCUUGGGCUUUUGCUACUAUCUAUAUUUGACGUCAAGCACCAUGAUCACCUACAUUACGGAUUCUUGAUCAUGUUCAUAGUAAGCUAUGUGGUUAACGCUAUCCUGGUCUGUCUUGAGUACAUAUGGAUCGGUCGGUUCUAUCGAUCACAGAUACCGAUAUUGUUGGCCAGCUUUUACAUUAAAGCUCUAUUCGUUGUCCUCGAAAUCGGUGUGGCCAUUGGAUUUGGUAUUUGCAUGAAGUCCAAAACUUCACAUAGAAAGAACGCAGCCGCUGUUCUGGAAUGGGUUGCUGCCCUCAUCUUUGCAUUCUAUAUCUUCUCCUUCAUCAUUGAUUUACUGCCGUCUGUUCGUACUCGUAAGCGAGUACCUCAAGGGGAGAAAUAUCCUCAUCCAAGAGUUACUACAGACCCAGAGUUGCUCAGUAUGGAGAAUUUUUACAGUCAUCCGACAGGACUAGUCACCUGGAUCGCCCGUUCCAUGCAGUCCAUUAGUGCGAUCAUUGUCCUUGGAAUCACAGCCUGGGCUGCUCGAGAUACAAAGACUGUCACCGUCAUUUUCUCCUUAGUUAUUGCUGCCUUGACCGUGGUGAUUAUCCCCUUUACAAUUGGUAUAAGCUGCAUAUCGCGACGCCAUAAAUGGCAUAUUCUCCCCCUAAUCGCUAUUGACGGAGCUAUGUCUUACUUGUAA